UCCUCUAGCCGCUAGCGACUGCCAGUAAGCUGUGAACUCUUGGUCUUGUAAAUUGUGUAGUAGUGUUGUCUUGAGUGCUUAAAUAAUUAAUUAAAUAUAACAAAUAAAAAUGAGCUGGCAGGAUUAUGUUGAUAAGCAAUUAUUGGCCUCUCGUUGUGUAACGAAAGCAGCCAUCGCUGGCCAUGACGGAAAUGUAUGGGCAAAAUCGCAAGGAUUUGACGUAUCAAAAGAAGAGUUAGCCAAACUUGUGCAAGGUUUUGAAAAACAAGAUAUUCUCACGUCGUCAGGAGUCACAUUGGCAGGGAACAGGUACAUUUAUUUGUCUGGUACAGAUCGAGUAGUACGAGCUAAACUUGGUAAAGUUGGUGUUCACUGCAUGAAAACGCAACAAACUGUCGUUGUAUCCCUUUAUGAGGAUCCCAUUCAACCUCAGCAAGCGGCCUCCGUAGUGGAAAAAUUAGGCGAUUAUUUACUUACAUGCGGUUACUAGAGGUAGUGUUACUCGCUGCCACUUCAACUGGGCAUGCGCGUUUUUACACAUACACAUAACACACACACACAACAAAAAACAAUUUCUAUUUAUAAAAAACAACAAAAAAACAAAAAAAUAAAAAAGUUGUAUUAUUUUUUUUGUCAAAAUAACAAAUCAGCGAAAUAAAGCAUCGUUGUAUCGUCGUGUACAUUUUUAUCAAGUGUCAUCUUUUUAAUUAAAAAAAAAGUAUAUAUUAAUUAAUUAAUUAAUGGAUGGAUUAAUUAAUAACGUGUAAUGUCACAUAUUGAUUAAUGCAAUCCCAGGUCGCGUGUUUUGUGGGAUCGUUAUUUGUGUAUGUUGAGCCACACGUUCACGCAACCCCCCAAUAUGCUCAAUGUGUGUCGAACUGGCUGAGAAUUGUGGCUCACAUAACCUUAAAACGACUCCCAAUAAAUUUUUUUUAGAUUUAUAUUAUUAUUAUAAUUAUUAAAAGAAAAAAAAUUGUCGUCCUUGUUUUCUAAAGUAUAGCAUAGCUCUCUCUCUCUAGAACGAAAAAGUGCGCACACAGAUUAUUUUUUAAAAUAAUCAAUAUAUGAUGAUCUCUGUUCCAAAUAAAAUGUCGUGCCCUUAAUAUUAUAAUUAUUCCCUAUUUUUGCCCAUACUUUAGAAAACAAGGUGUUUAUAUGACUUGACUAUACACUAUUAUUAUUAUUAUUAUUAUGGUCAUCCCCCCUAAAAAAAAUUAUAAUUGGAAAGCAAAUUUGGAAAGAAUUUUGUGUAAGCUUUUUUCCUCUACAAUAAAAAUAAUCGCUCUAUAUUAAAUAAAAAUGAAAAAAAAAAAAAUUUGAUACUGAAAAAAAAUAUAUAAACACAUUUAUUAGGGUUUUUUAAACGGAUAAAAAAUCUCUAGUCCCCCGCGCAAUAUAUUUUUUAUUUCGUUUUUUUUUUUUUUUUUUUUAAUUUUUUGGUUUGGUAUCUUUUUUUUUUCUACUCUCCGGUAUUAAUACAAACAGCCAUCGACAUUCGUUUUGGUAAAAGUUCCAAGCAAAUGUAGAAUUUCAAAUUAGUUUCUUUUUCAGCCUUAGUUUGAUGAAGUACUCUAAUUCCUACCUAAGAUUGGGAAAGAAAAUAAUUUUGAACUUGGAAACUUUUUUGUUUAAAAAAUUUACGUGAUUUUAGAUAGUUUUUUUUAAGUGUUCAUUCCUUUUUUGAGCUUGAAAAUUAUAUAUAUAUAUAGACCCGAUUAUGGUCGGUAAUUUUUUUUUGAAUUGUAAAUGUAAAUUUUUUUAUAAAUAACAUUAAUUACGCGCCUUUUUCUCCCCCCAUCUCGUGUCUUUUUAUGAAUUUUUAUCUUUUUUCCAUUCGGUAUUUUUGUUGUUGUAGUGGGAGGUGGAAUUGUUUUGUUAAGUUUCAUGAGUGUUUACGCCAUUAGUCUGUAAAAUCGUGUUGAGCUAUGACAAAACAGUGCUGCCACCAUUAUAGCAACAGUUUAUUAUUUUUUAAAAAUAUUUUAUUUUUACUUUAAUUUUUUUUUUGUUCUUAAUUUAAAAAAAAAAAUCAAAAAAUUGUACUAAUAUUUGAGUAGCUUUGUAAAUUUUUCUGAUAAUUCGCAAGGGAACCUCCUGUGUCUAUCUAAAAUAAAACAUAAUAAAUUUGUAUUAUAAAUGAAAAA